AUGACUCACACCCCUGAUAUAAGCACCACAGUUCAAGAUUCGACAUCUGAACCUGAAGAAAGCACCACAGCUAAGGACGACUCUACUUCUGCUCCUGAAAAAAGCACCACAGCUGAAGAUUCGAGUUCUACUGCACCGGAGAUAAGUACCACAGGUGAAGAUUUGACAUCUGAACCUGAAGAAAGCCCCACAGCUGAGGACGAUUCUACUUCUGCUCCAGAAAAAAGCACCACAGUUGAAGAUUCGACAUCCGAGCCUGAAGAAAGCACUACAGCUGAAGGCGAUUCUACCUCUGCACCAGAUGAAAGCACCACUGCUGAAGAGGAUUCUUCUUCUGCUCCUGAAGAAAGCACAACAGUUGAAGAUUCGACUUCCGAACCUGAAGAAAGCUCGACAACUGAAGGCGAUUCUACUUCUGCUCCUGAAGAAAGCACCACAACUGAAGAAUUGACGUCUGACCCUAAUGAAAGUACCACAACUGAGGUCGAUACUACUUCUGCUCCUGGAGAAAUCACCACAGCUGAAGAUUCGACAUCAGAUCCUGAAGAAAGCACCACAGCUGAAGAGGAUUCUACUUCUGCUCCUGAAGUCACCACUACAGCUGAUGACGAUACUACUUCUGCUCCUGAAGAAAGCACCACAGAUGAAGUUUCGACAUCUGAACCUGAAGAAAAUCCCACGGCAGAGGACGAUUUUACUUCUACUCCUGAAGAAAGCACCACAACUAAGGACGAUUCUUCUUCUGCUCCUGAAGAAAGCACCACAGCUGAAGAUUCAACUUCCGCGGCACCUGAGCUAAGCACCACAGCUGAAGAUUCGACGUCUGAACCUAAAGAAAGCACUACAGCUGAAGGAGAUUCUACUUCUGCUCCUGAAGAAAGCACCGCAGUUGAAGAUUCGACAUCCGAGCCUGAAGAACGCACCACAGCUGAAGAGGAUUCUACUUCUGCUCCUGAAGUCACCACUACAGCUGAUGACGAUACUACUUCUGCUCCUGAAGAAAGCACCACAGCUGAAGUUUCGACAUCUGAACCUGAAGAAAACUCCACGGCAGAGGACUAUUCUACUUCUACUCCUGAAGAACGCACCACAGCUGAGGACGAUUCAUCUUCUUCUCCUGAAGAAAGCACCACAGCUGAAGAUUCGACUUCCGCGGCACCUGAGAUAAGCACCACAGCUGAAGAUUCGACGUCUGAACCUGAAGAAAGCACUACAGCUGAAGGAGAUUCUACUUCUGCUCCUGAAGAAAGCACCACAGCUGAAGAUUCGACUUCCGCGGCAACUGAGAUUAUCACCACAGCUGAAGAUUCGACGUCUGAAUCUGAAGAAAGCACUUCAGCUGAAGGCGAUUCUACUUUUGCUUCUGAAGAAAGCACAACAGCUGAAGAUUCGACAUCUGAACCUGAAGUCACCACUACAGCUGAAGAUUCGACAUCAGAGCCUGAAGAAAGCACCACAGCUGAAGAGGAUUCUACUUCUGCUCCUGAAGUCACCACUACAGCUGCUGACGAUACUACUUCUGCUCCUGAAGAAACCACCACAGUUGAAGUUUCGACAUCUGAACCUGAAGAAAACUCCACGGCAGAGGACGAUUCUACUUCUACUCCUGAAGAAAGCACCACAGUUGAUGACGAUUACACUUCUACUCCUGAAGAAAGCACCACAGCUGAAGAUUCGACUUCCGCGGCACCUGAGAUAAGCACCACAGCUGAAUAUUCGACGUCUGAACCUGAAGAAAGCACUACAGCUGAAGGAGAUUCUACUUCUGCUCCUGAAGAAAGCACCACAGCUGAAGAUUCGACUUCCGCGGCAACUGAGAUAAGCACCACAGUUGAAGAUUCGACAUCCGAGCCUGAAGAAAGCACUACAGCUGAAGGCGAUUCUACCUCUGCACCAGAUGAAAGCACCACAGCUGAAGAGGAUUCUUCUUCUGCUCCUGAAGAAAGCACAACUGUUGAAGAUUCAACCUCCGAACCUGAAGAAAGCACGACAACUGAAAGCGAUUCUACUUCUCCUCCUGAAGAAAGCACCACAACUGAAGAUUGGACAUCUGAACCUGAAGAAAACUCCACGGCAGAGGACGAUUCAUCUUCUUCUCCUGAAGAAAGCACCACAGCUGAAGAUUCUACUUCCGCUUCACCUGAGAUAAGCACCACAGAUGAAGAUUCGACGUCUGAACCUGAGGAAAGCACUACAGCUGAAGGAGAUUCUACUUCUGCUCCUGAAGAAAGCACCACAGCUGAAGAUUCGACUUCCGCGGCAACUGAGAUAAGCACCACAGCUGAAGAUUCGACAUCUGAACCUGAAGAAAGCACCACAGCUGAGGACGAUUCUACUUCUGCUCCAGAAAAAAGCACCACAGUUGAAAAUUCGACAUCCGAGCCUGAAGAAAGCACCACAGCUGAAGAGGAUUCUACUUCUGCUCCUGAAGUCACCACUACAGCUGAUGACGAUACUACUUCUGCUCCUGAAGAAAGCACCACAGCUGAAAUUUCGACAUCUGAACCUGAAGAAAACUCCACGGCAGAGGACGAUUCAUCUUCUUCUCCUGAAGAAAGCACCACAGCUGAAGAUUCGACUUCCGCGGCACCUGAGAUAAGCACCACAGCUGAAGAUUCGACGUCUGAACCUGAAGAAAGCACUACAGCUGAAGGCGAUUCUACUUCUGCUCCUGAAGAAAGCACCACAGCUGAAGAUUCGACUUCCGCGGCAACUGAGAUAAGCACCACAGUUGAAGAUUCGACAUCUGAGCCUGAAGAAAGCACUACAGCUGAAGGCGAUUCUACCUCUGCACCAGAUGAAAGCACCACAGCUGAAGAGGAUUCUUCUUUUGCUCCUGAAGAAAGCACAACUGUUGAAGAUUCAACCUCCGAACCUGAAGAAAGCACGACAACUGAAAGCGAUUCUACUUCUCCUCCUGAAGAAAGCACCACAACUGAAGAUUGGACAUCUGAACCUGAAGAAAACUCCACGGCAGAGGACGAUUCAUCUUCUUCUCCUGAAGAAAGCACCACAGCUGAAGAUUCUACUUCCGCUUCACCUGAGAUAAGCACCACAGAUGAAGAUUCGACGUCUGAACCUGAAGAAAGCACUACAGCUGAAGGAGAUUCUACUUCUGCUCCUGAAGAAAGCACCACAGCUGAAGAUUCGACUUCCGCGGCAACUGAGAUAAGCACCACAGCUGAAGAUUCGACAUCUGAACCUGAAGAAAGCACCACAGCUGAGGACGAUUCUACUUCUGCUCCAGAAAAAAGCACCACAGUUGAAAAUUCGACAUCCGAGCCUGAAGAAAGCACCACAGCUGAAGAGGAUUCUACUUCUGCUCCUGAAGUCACCACUACAGCUGAUGACGAUACUACUUCUGCUCCUGAAGAAAGCACCACAGCAGAAAUUUCGACAUCUGAACCUGAAGAAAACUCCACGGCAGAGGACGAUUCCACUUCUACUCCUGAAGAAAGCACCACAGCUGAGGACGAUUCAUCUUCUUCUCCUGAAGAAAGCACCACAGCUGAAGAUUUGACUUCCGCGGCACCUGAGAUAAGCACCACAGCUGAAGAUUCGACGUCUGAACCUGAAGAAAGCACUACAGCUGAAGGAGAUUCUACUUCUACUCCUGAAGAAAGCACCACAGCUGAGGACGAUUCUACUUAUACUCCUGAAGAAAGCACAACAGCUGAAGAUUCGACGUCAAAACCUGAAGAAAGCAGUACAGCUGAAGUUUCGACAUCUGACCCUAAUGAAAGUACCACAACUGAGGUCGAAACUACUUCUGCUCCUGAAGAAAUCACCACAGCUGAAGAUUCGACAUCAGAUCCUGAAGAAAGCACCACAGCUGAAGAGGAUUCGACGUCUGAACCUGAAGAAAGCACUACAGCUGAUGACGAUACUACUUCUGCUCCUGAAGAAAGCACCACAGCUGAAGAUUCGACUUCCGCGGCACCUGAGAUAAGCACCACAGCUGAAGAUUCGACGUCUGAACCUGAAGAAAGCACUACUGCUGAAGGAGAUUCUACUUCUGCUCCUGAAGAAAGCACGACAACUGAAGAUUCGACUUCUGACCCUAAUGAAAGUACCACAACUGAGGUCGAAACAACUUCUGCUCCUGGAGAAAUCACCACAGCUGAAGAUUCGACAUCAGAUCCUGAAGAAAGCACCACAGCUAAAGAGGAUUCUACUUCUGCUCCUGAAGUCACCACUACAGCUGAUGACGAUACUACUUCUGCUCCUGAAGAAAGCACCACAGCUGAAGAUUCGACAUCAGAUCCUGAAGAAAGCACCACAGCUGAAGAGGAUUCGACGUCUGAACCUGAAGAAAGCACUACGGUUAAGAAUUCGACAUCCGAACCUGACGAAAGCACUACAUCUGAGGACGAUUCUACAUCUGCUCCUAAAGAAAGCACCACAGCUGAAGCCGAUACAACGUCUGAUCCUGAAGACAGCACAGUUCAGGACGAUACUACUUCUGCUUCUGAAGAAAGCACCACAGAAAUCACCACAGCUGAGGAUGGUGCUACUUCUGCUCCUAUAGAGAGCACCACUGCUAAAGUAGAUUCUACCACUGGAUCGACGUCUAGCCCGGCGAUAUCACCUUCUCCUAUACCGCCUAUGUCAUGUGCAAGUGGCGCUCCAUACUUACCGCAUCCAUCGGAUUGCCAUAAAUUUAUUCAGUGCAGCAACGGACAUGAGUACAUCAUGCAUUGUCCAGAUGAUCUCUUCUGGAACUAUCAGAAUUUCUACUGUGGGUAUGAUGACAGCGGAUGCUAUAAUAAAGUGGAUCCCGAGGAAACUGUUUGCAAGCACGGCAUGGAUUUUCUACCAGACCCAACUGAUUGUACGAAAUAUAUCCAGUGCAGUAAUGGUCAACCAAUCGUGCAGAAGUGUCCUGAGCCUUUGUAUUGGAACCAAAACCUUAAAAUAUGUGAUUGGUUCAGUAGCUCCUGCAAAACUCUACAAAAGAAUGAAAUAAUAUCUUGUAAAAUGGGUAUGAGUUUCGACGUUCUUCCAACUGACUGUUCGAAAUAUAUUAAGUGUUUUGGUGAGCGCGGUGUAAUAAUGAGCUGUAAUUCUGGACUUUUCUGGAACCCUUUGCAGGAAGUAUGCGAAAAAUCCCAGCGGUUCUGCAAAUAAUAUGUAAGCUUAAACAGUUACUCGCAUUCACUCUUGGUAGAUUUUGUUGUUAAAUGAAUUGAAGAAUAUUACAGAAAAUAUAUAAAGGCAGUACCCAUUCUUUAA